CUAAACCCGGAAGUGGGGGAGGAACUUCGGAGCGGUUGCCCAGGUUACUGGGAGGCGGAGCCGCCGAGCUCGCUGUGGCCCGGAUGUUCGGUGCAGCUGCCAGAUCCGCUGGUCUAGUGCUUCUGGAAAAAAACCUUCAGGCGGCCCAUGGGUGAGUGAUCGCCAAGAUCCCGGGAAGUCCUGGUUGUUUCUGGUAGUUCUGGUUGCUUUCCUACACGGCUGGCCUCGGGCUCGGCUCUCUGUAGGCGGCCUUCAGCUGGCGGCGCAGGCUCGCCCCUUGACCCCGCCCGCCCUCGGGCCGGGCCCCGCACUCUUGCCGGGUUGGGGUGGUCUCUGUCCCCGACGGGCUGCCAGGGGAGGCGCGCUGUCUGCGGCGGAAAGGCCAGGUCUUUGUUGUUUGGUCCGAAAUGUCCCUUCAGUCCCUUAGUUUAAUGUGAAGGGAACACUUGCAUGAGGGUUGACUUCAGAAUUGAAAACGCGGGUGAUAGUGCAGAAAAAACUAAAGCAGAAGCAAGUUGCUGCAUAAUUUGUCUCCUGCUUCAACCUCAAACGUAGAUUUGUAGGGCCCGUCACAAAGGGGCAAGACCGCUGCAAAAAAAUAGAAUCUUAAAACUUUAACCAUCGUUCACUAAAGGAAAUGAAAGGGGAAAUUACACAGUCACUUGGAGCCUGGGUUUUGUUUACUGUCGAUAUCCAACCAGCAUGCCUUGGACUUUACUGUGGGAAGACCCUAUUAUUUAAAAACGGCUCAACUGAAAUAUAUGGAGAAUGUGGGGUAUGCCCAAGAGGACAGAGAACGAAUGCACAGAAAUAUUGUCAGCCUUGCACGGAAUCUCCUGAACUUUAUGAUUGGCUCUAUCUUGGAUUUAUGGCAAUGCUUCCUCUGGUUUUACAUUGGUUCUUCAUUGAAUGGUACUCGGGGAAAAAGAGUUCCAGUGCACUUUUCCAACACAUCACUGCAUUAUUUGAAUGCAGCAUGGCAGCUAUUAUCACCUUACUUGUGAGUGAUCCAGUUGGUGUUCUUUAUAUUCGUUCAUGUCGAGUAUUGAUGCUUUCUGACUGGUACACGAUGCUUUACAACCCAAGUCCAGAUUACGUUACCACAGUGCACUGUACUCAUGAAGCUGUCUACCCACUAUACACCAUUGUAUUUAUCUAUUAUGCAUUCUGCUUGGUAUUAAUGAUGCUGCUCCGACCUCUUCUGGUGAAGAAGGUUGCAUGUGGGUUAGGGAAGUCUGAUCGAUUUAAAAGUAUUUAUGCUGCACUUUACUUCUUCCCAAUUUUAACUGUGCUUCAGGCAGUUGGUGGAGGCCUUUUAUAUUAUGCCUUCCCAUACAUUAUAUUAGUGUUAUCUUUGGUUACUCUGGCUGUAUACAUGUCUGCUUCUGAAAUAGAGAACUGCUAUGAUCUUCUGGUCAGAAAGAAAAGACUUAUUGUUCUCUUCAGCCACUGGUUACUUCAUGCCUAUGGAAUAAUCUCCAUUUCCAGAGUGGAUAAACUUGAGCAAGAUUUGCCCCUUUUGGCUUUGGUACCUACACCAGCCCUUUUUUACUUGUUCACUGCAAAAUUUACCGAACCUUCACGGAUACUCUCAGAAGGAGCCAACGGACACUGAGUGUAGACACGUGAAAUGCCAAAAACCUAAGAAGUGCUCCUAAUAAAAAAGUAAAUCAGUCUUAACAUUGUAUGAGAACUAUUCUGUCAUAUAUGGGAAUAAGAUUGUCAGUAUAUCUUAAUGUUUCGGUUUGUUUUUGUUUUGCUUAUGGUUAGACUUACAGACUUGGAAAAUGCAAAACCCCAUAAUACUCUGUUAUACAGGGUAAUAUUAUCUGCUACACUGGAAGCCCACUAGGAAGCCCUUGCUUCUCUCAACAGUUCAGCUGUUCUUUCGAGCAAAAUCAUGUUUCUGUGUACCUAGCAAUGUGUUCCAUUUUAUGAAGAAAAACUUUCAACACAUGUAAUGUGCACUCCUUAACAGUGGCAUAAUUGUACAUACCUGUUGUGUUUCAGUUUGUUUUUCACCUAUAAUGAAUUGUAAAGACAAACAUACUUGUGGGGUCUGAUAGCAAACAUAGAAAUGAUGUAUAUUGUUUUUUGUUAUCUAUUUAUUUUCACCAAUACAGUAUUUUGAUGUAUUGCAAAAAUAGAUAAUAAUUUAUAUAACAUGUUUUCUGUCUAUAGACUGGUUCAAGGCUUGUUUGGAUUAUUGUUCCUGUAAAGAAAACAACAAUAAAAAGCUUAACUACAUAAAAUUUCAAUGUUUUGACACUUAAUUGUUGUUUGGCACAAUAGUAUGGAAGUAAUUCAAACUGGUAAAUAGUUUCCUCUCAUAUCUCGGGUAUGUAUACAUAGCAUAUUUUAUUGAUCCAGAGAUACUUUUUAUUUCACGUUUUGACAUCUCUGAAUUAGGAUGCAUCUUACAACUGAUGGCUUAUUAGAUUUAUGAAAUACAGAAGAUACACAGUAUAAAAAGGGUUUUCCUGUGGUUGGUUUGUGGUUUGUGAUAGGUUUUCUGUGAUGUUUAUGCUUUGAAGGCCUUGAGACUUAGGGUCGCAACCAUGGAAGCAAAAUGAGAUUUUUAGCUCUUAACCUAACAACCUGACCAUGUUUAUCCAUUUUUAUUGUUUAGAAUUUUAUUUAUUGAUUCUGCUACUUGGUGGAGGUUGUGUGAGUUAAAUUUUAAAUGUUUAAGACUUCUAUUAACAGCUGCAAAAUGUGAAAGCAAGUGCACUCACUUUUCCUGUAGUUCUGUUUGUCUUUUGAAUUCACAGCAGUUGUAUCCUUGAGUUAUUUUGUUAGUUAUUCUUUGUUAAUGUAUUUUUCUCAGUACAUUUAACCACUGGGAAAUGAACUCUUGGUACAAAUGUGUUUCUUCUUUUCUGUAGGAAUAAAAAAUAAAUGUAAAAAUU